AUGGCGCGGCUGGAGGCGGUGGCCAACGUGGCGCUGCGGGUGCCGGGGCUGGCGCUGCUGGACCUGCUGUACCGCUGGGACGCGGCGGCCCUCGGCGACCUGCUGCGGCCCCGCCGCGGGGACCCCCCCCUCCUCCGGCCCCCCGCCCUCCGGGGCGCCUACUGCCUGGGCCACGUGCUGUGCGUCGUGGUGCUGAUGCUGCCGGUGCGGUCCCUGGUGAAGCUCUACCUCCACCUCCUCACCGCGCUGCUGCUCGGCGCAGGGCACACGGCGGCCAGGGAUUACGUCCGCCGCGAGCUGGAGCACGGCUUCCAGGGCGCCGUGUACAGCGACCCCGCAGCGCUCGGCCGCUUCGCCACCGCCCUUGCAGGCCAGCUCUGCCUGUGCGUCCUCUGCUCCCUCCUGAUGAGGAGCAGGCGACCGUGGCUGUUCGGUGCCCCGCUGCUGCCGGUGCUGGCUCGCCUCUGCGGCCUCCCUCUCCACGCCCUGCCUGUCCUCGACACCUUCGCCACCGUCCUCACCGCCCUGGAGGUGCUCUACGUCCUCGGCUCCCACGUCCUCGUCCCCUUCCAGCUGGCUGCCGCUGCCUGCCGGGAGGUCGUGCAGGCGCUGGAGGUGUACCGGCUGGUCGCGCUGGGGGUGUCCCUCUGGAGCCAGCUGGCCGUCCCGCUCCUCUUCCUCAUCUUCUGGCUGGUGCUCUUCUCCCUCCGGCUCUCCUCCUUCCUCACCUCCUCCGGCAGCCCCCUGGCCCAGCAGGGCCUCCUCUUCCUCCUCCUCAGCAGCGCGGCCGAAUGCUGCAGCACGCCCUACUCCCUCGUCGGCCUCACCUUCACCGUCUCCUACCUCGCCCUGGGCGUCCUCAACCUCUGCAAGUUUUACCUGCUGGGCUUCGGCGCCUUCCAGAACGGCAACGUCAUGCACAGGGGGGUGACGGAGGGUGUGACGCUGCUGCUGCUGGCGCUGCAGACCGGGCUGCUCGACCUGCAGAUCCUCCAGCGGACCUUCCUCCUCAGCAUCAUCCUCUUCAUCGUGGUGACCUCCACGCUGCAGUCCAUGAUCGAGAUAGCUGAUCCCAUCGUGUUGGCGUUGGGGGCCUCCCGCAACAGGAGCCCCUGGAAGCAUUUCCGCGGCGUCAGCAUGUGCCUCUUCUUGCUGGUUUUCCCUUGCUUCAUGGCCUACAAGAUCGCCCACUUCUUCCACCUGGAUUUCUGGCUGCUGAUCCUGGUCUCCAGCUGCAUGCUCACCUCUCUGCAGGUGAUGGGCACCCUCUUCAUCUACGCCCUCUUCAUGGUGGAGCUGCUCCAGGACACGCCGCUGGAGCGGAUGGACGAGAUCAUCUACUGCGUGAACGCGGUGAGCCGGGUGCUGGAGUUCCUGGUGGCCGUCUGCGUGGUGGGCUACGGCACCUGGGAGUCCCUCUUCGGGGAGUGGAGCUGGAUGGGCGCCUCCGUCAUCAUCAUCCACUCCUACUUCAACGUCUGGCUGCGCGCUCAGUCGGGCUGGAGGAGCUUUCUGCUGCGCCGCGAGGCUGCCAAGAAGAUCAACUCCCUGCCCCGCGCCACGGGCGGGCAGCUGCGGGACCACAACGAUGUCUGUGCCAUCUGCUUCCAGGACAUGGAGGUGGCCGUCAUCACACCCUGCAGUCACUUCUUCCAUGCCACCUGCCUCCGCAAGUGGCUCUACGUGCAGGACACGUGCCCCAUGUGCCACCAGCAAGUCACGCCGGCGGCCACCGGGGAGGAUCCCGGCAUCGGGAGGGCGGCUCAGCCAGCGCCAGCCGACGCGGACAAGGUGCCGGAGGACGGAGGAGCCGCUGCGAGCCCAGCCCCGGCUCAGCCCCGGGAGGAUGGGCUGCCCGGCGUGAUCCCGGGCCAGGGGGACAGCGGGGCUUCCCAGGACAAUGGGGUUGGGGACCUGGGCCCCCACCACCCCACUCAUCCCUCUGUGCCGCAGGAACAAGAAGCGAGUGCUGUCCCGCAGCCCCACGGGGACCCUCGCCCCAGCGUCCAGGACACGCAGCAUCCGUCCCCCUCGCCCGCCAGCCUGGACCCUUUUGCCAGCCCCGAGCUCGCCACGGGGGACAGCGGGGACUCCCACAGGGGCCACCACCCCUCUUAG